UCAUACCCAUCGUAUGACGAUGGCUCCGGAGGAUGGAUGACCAAAGACCAUGCAGCAGGCAUAACUCUACCACGGAAAGAAACAUUUACCCAAAUAUCGUGGAGAGUCUUCCGGAAGAUGCCGAGCUACUGCAAGGGUCUCUUAGAAGAAUCUCUUCAGCAUGGGCAUCCGAAACUCCAACGGGCUGAUCUCGACAUCACCACCUCCUAGGGGUAGUCCAUCGCCUCCAUCCUAUCUGACAGCAUCUUCUUUGGUAUCCGUAACUCUCACCUCGUUGCUGACUUCUUUGGCCGCUGUAUCUUUUGGGAGAACCCCGAGUAUCGCACCGCCCUGGAAGUCUACUCCAUCUCCCAGCGAGUCCUGCAGUUCCGUGUCAUCUGGGAGGACGUCGAAUGUCGGCUGCGCGUGAGCCAAUACCAAGUCCAGUUCAACUCGCCUCUGGACCCGUGGGUUUGAGGAGUCCACGGAGAGCAUUUCUGGGAUGAGGCAACAUCAGUCAAGGAGGAGACUAAGCUCCUAAAAGGGGCCGCAGGACAAAGGAUCCAGGCAUAUCAGGAUACUGUAAGAAACCAACACGUUCGUUAUCUCCGCCACGCAAACGGAGCAAAUCAGAGUGACAAUAAUCGGGGAUCGCAAAAUGAAAAUAGACCCAUGAAUUGAUCAU